AGGACGCACAGUAUGCAGGGAGUGCCAGGUCCACAGUAUGAUGCUGUUUAGAAGAACAGAAGACUCCCUCUUCCUCGACUUGUAGCCUUCCAGGAACAAGUCAGGACCACGUAGGUGUGUCUGUGUGUGGUAGUAAUUGUGGUUCCCCACGCCAGGACCUACGCCACCCCACCCUCCCCCGCAGAUGGUGCUGUGCCUGGCCAUGGACUCCAAGGAGGAUGGAGACAGCUGGAUGGAAGACCAGUGGGAGAAAUGGCUAACUCAUGAUAUGAGCCUGGAUGAGUAUGAAGACGACGACCUGUCUGAAGUGACGGAGAUCACAGAUGAGAACGGCGGCAGUCUGAGCCACAGUGACUAUGACAUUCAGGGUCACGUGACCGAGCCGGCCAAUGGCAGCGCGGAUUGGGUCUGUCGGAGGGGGGCGGUGGAGCUGCAGGCCGAGAUGCUCCAGCUGGACCUGAUAGAUGCGGAGGGAGGAGGGACCCAGGAAGAAGCGGAGGAAGAGAGGGAGGAAGAGAGGGAGAGGCUGCUGCUGCUCAUCGAUGAGCGCAAAGAGGGAGAGCGGGCAGCAGGGCGGCCCGCCGCAGAGCCACCGCUGAGGGACCUGGACCCCCCCGCCCUCGUCGCCAUGGAUACAUACCGGCCCAAAAGACCCACCACCCUGAAUCUGUUCCCGCAGGUGCCGAGGACUCAGGACACUAUAAAUAACAACUCACUUGGUGAGAAGGAUAGAAGGAAAGAGAAGAAAACUCAUUCAUCCUCACCGCACAUAAAAGGGGACCUGCCUCCUAAACCUGAGCAGGUUAGCCAGACCGACGGGGACAAAGUCCAGGCAAGCGCCCGGGUGGACGCCAAGCCCCGCACAGCUGGUUCUUCCGCACACAAAGCUCCAGGCUCUGCAUGCAAGAAGAAGGACAAGCCUUCUGAGUCUGUGGUCAACAACAUCCGUACUGCUCAGCCCUCCACACACACAGACAUGCGGGACAUGCCCAGGGAUGGGACCCUGAUAGAGGGGCUCCGCGAUGUGGGGACAAUCAGCAAAGAGAAGGCUCACUACCAUACCCUGAAUGGCUGCCGGGAUCAAGCUCAGUACCCUGUAGAAAAUGGGUGUACGCACCACCACCCGACAGACAAAAACAAGGACUAUCGUUCGUUGGAGGGGAGCAAGGAGACGACGCAGGAGAUCCACCUGACACCUGUGAAUGGAGAGCAGGAAAGGCCUUUCUUGUCCCAGAGCAGCGACAGCAACCGCAUGUCCAUCAGUUCAGACACGGAACUUCCACCCUUGCAUUUCCAUCCCCUGGCAGGUCGCACUAACCCCUCCAUCAGCGAGGAGGACGAAGUGUACCCUCCGACGCCCCCUUGCAGGACUGACAGCCUCAGUGAGGUAACAGACCCUGUUGCAAAGACAGGGGCAGGGGAUAAAGCAGCUGCUGUAAACACAGCGGUUAGCAAAGAUGCUUCAGGACUAACAUACGACUCAGUGAAGUACACCUUAGUGGUGGACGAGCAUGCUAAAUUGGAACUGGUUAGCCUUAAGCAGUGUUACCAGGGUUACGAAAGUGACAGCGACAACACGGUCUACGAGUCGGCCAUCGAUGAGGAUGAGGAGGAGCACGAUGUGGAAGACGAGGAGGAAGAGUCGGGUGCAGGAGGCAUCAACAGGGAUACUUCCAGUUUGUCGGUAGACUCUGCUACUGACAUCACGUCAGACAUGCCGCGCUCACGCAAGUUCCUGAAUGUCUUUGUGAACAGACGUCCGCGUUUUUCGGGUGCUGAAUCUUUUGGUAUUUUCUCCUGCAUUAUCGAUGGUGAGGAGAGAGAGCAGAGCCACAGGGCCGUGUUCAGAUUUAUCCCACGUCACGAGGAUGAGCUGGAGUUGGAGGCAGAUGACCCCUUGCUGAUGGAGGUACAGGCAGAGGAUCUGUGGUGUGAAGCUUAUAACAUGCGCACUGGCUCCAGGGGCAUCUUCCCCGCCUUAUAUGCCGUCAAAGUCACAAAGGACGUACGGCCUAAAGAGGUGAAGAGUGACUGGCUAGACUCCUUCUGGUUGAAAUUCCUGGGCUCUGUCCAAGUACCAUAUCAUAAAGGGAAUGAUGUGCUUUGUGCAGCUAUGCAGAAGAUUGCCACAAACAGAAGAACAACAAUGCAGUUCAGUCCUCCGUCAGCGUGCAUCGUAGAGAUCAGCAUAAGAGGAGUGAAAAUCAUCGUUCAGGACGACUGUCAGACUUCAGAAGGGGGUGACAAGUACUGUCACUUCUUUCAGCUGAAAAACAUUUCCUUCUGUGGAUGCCAUCCAAAGAACAGCAAGUAUUUUGGACUAAUCACCAAACACCCAGCGCACCAGAGGUUCGCCUGCCACGUGUUCUUCUCAGAGGAACAUGCCCCACAUCUGGCUGCCUCUGUGGGGAAAGCAUUUCAGCAAUUCUACAAAGAACACAUGGAAUAUUCCUGCCCCACAGAAGACAUCUUCCUCGAAUGACCUUUGCUCUGUUGCGUCCUUUUGCACUACUGUAUACACUACUAUAUAAGGUGUUGCAUGAUGGGUUACAAAAAUCUCUUGACAUGUCAUGCUAUAUUGUUAAUGUCUAUUUUAGACAAAGCGUAAAAUUAAAAAGACACAAUAUGUGUUAACAAGGCUGUUGCUGGCUUUGAAUACCCAGAAAAGGCCCAAAGCUAUGCCGACUGUCCGAGGCUGACGUGUCCACCUGGAUUUUAAAAGGCACUACAUAUAUUUUGAGGGCAUUGUAAGUUACUUGAGACCAGUACGAUGCUCUUUAUUCAUCUGUUCGAAGCACAAUGCAGAAUUUAUGCAGAGAAAAUAAAAAUAACUGAAAUAUGUAAACACCGAAACCAUAAAUCAAGGCCCUUUUGUGAUUUUUAUCCAGUAAUGAACCAAAUUUGCAGUGGCCUAAGAUGCAGUUAAAGCUUAGUGUACUGAGUAUAACUCUGAAUCACGACUCACUUACACCGUUGAUUCAAACGCACAUCUAGUUUAAGGCAAUGGGACAUAUGCUAGUAUGCUAGUAAAUGCUAUUUAGCUAGUAUGCUAGCAGCUUUUAUGGCCCUCAGAGUGUCGUUCUGUGUUUCACAGGCAAAAAAACACCAAUAUCUCUUUCUUUUAUCCCCACUGAAUGUUGCUGGAUCUCAUCGUGUUCAAAGUUUAUGUGCUUCAGUACUGAAAUCUGUGGAACUGUACUACGGCCUAAAGUGCAAAGAGGCCAGAUCUCAUUGAUCUGUCGAUUUAAGUAUGUAGCCAUGACAACCAAAUAUUUUUCUUUCCCUUUUUAUGCAGUGUGUCACAUAUAGUGCUUUCUGUAAGUAACAGUGGACACAAUUUCUGUUGUUUUGUCUCCAGUACAUUGGCUAUGAAGCAAAACAGCUAGGUUAGCUUUUUUAAUUCCCUUAUUAUUCAGUAACUACAUGGAAAACGACUCGUGCCAGCUGAGUUUAUUCUAGGUGAAGACUGGAAGCCUAGAACUGCUGGCACAUCCUGCUCCUUCAAAGGGUUGAAGUGCCGAUUCCCGGCUUUAAUUUGAGGGUAUUUGCUAUACUAUAGUGAAAUCAUUAAUAGUCUCUAAACAUGAGCACCAAAGAAUGUCAGUGUCCGUAAAAAAGAAGGUCAUCAUGAGGUUGAAAAAUCAGAAUAAAUCAGAUGUGCCAAAGAACCUGUUUGGCACACUGUUCAGAAGAAUCAGGAACACACUGGUGAGAUUAGCAAAGGACCUAGUAGGCCACAUUAAUGGAUGACUGAAGAACCGUUAUGAAGAACCGUCCAGGAUGUAAUCAAAAACGUGUCAAAGACAACAAUGAAAAAAAAAAACAAAACAAAAGAUGCAGACCACUGGUAACCCUCAAAAUAUUGCUAAAAAGAACAUAAAAGGCCUGUAGAGUUUUGGGGCAGUUUACAGAGAUGGAGAGAAGACGAACUCGUACCUCAGUGAUGGAACGAGGAAAGUGUGGAGAAAUAAAGGAACCAUCUCAUCUGUGAAACACACAGGGCCUGUUCAGCUGUAGUCACCGAUGAUGUCACUGCAACAUUGUGCUUAGUUGCUCACCCAAAAACAUUUUACUGAAGCAACUUCACUCAAUAUAGAUCAAAUCUCCUCAAAGCUGACUUUCUGCACCUUAAAGGGGAAUUCCACCUGUUUUUAA